GCUGAUAUCUAAAGUGAACAAUAAUAACAACAGAGAAGAAGACACAAAAAAGAGCUUCUUCAAAAUGUCUGAAUACGCGAUGUCUCAGAAGAGUGCCUUGAAAUUAAAAGGUGUUGGGAGCAUUUCAGCUGGAAAAAAGAAAAAGAAGAAGGAUAAAGAAAGUAAGCAUCGCAUGGAGCAGGCUGUGACCAGCCAAAAUGAUGAGGAGGUGAACACCAAGAAAUUAUAUCUGGACAAAAGGACACCGGCACAAGUUGCUUUUGACAAGACGCAAGAGAAAAGGCAAAUGGAGAGGAUUUUGAACAAAGCAUCAAAGACACACAAACACAGAGUCGAGGAUUUCAAUCGCCAUCUGGACAACCUGACAGAACAUUAUGACAUUCCCAAAGUCAGCUGGACUAAAUAGAGGGGGAGAGUUUUAUUUUCAAGUUUCUUUCUUCUUUUUUUAACAUAUUGCUUGCUGUCUUCAAACAUUUAUUAUUUAACUGAGUUCAGCUGGCCCUAAUUUUUUGUUGCAAGUUCUGGUGUAUUCAAUAAAGGAUUUGAGUCAACACACAUUAA